UCCACCCUAUUACCUUUAUAUAUAUCAUCAUACUAAACCUUAUCAAGAAACCAAUCCAAAAGACACCAAAUCCCUUUGUUUCUUGAAGAAAAACAAAAACAAUACUUUCUUGAAAUUUUGCAAAAAAAAAAAAAUGACCACAAAAGAGAUGGAAGUAUUUAAGAAUUUGGAUGUUGAAAAAUACAUGGGAAGAUGGUAUGAAAUUGCUUCAUUUCCAUCAAGAAAUCAACCUAAAGAUGGUGUAAACACAAGAGCCACUUACACUUUGAAUCCUGAUGGAACAAUACAUGUGUUAAAUGAAACAUGGAGUGGUGAAAAAAGAGGUUCAAUUGAAGGAACAGCUUAUAAAGUUGAUCCAAAAAGUAAUGAAGCAAAACUCAAAGUGAAAUUUUAUGUGCCUCCUUUCUUGCCAAUAAUUCCAGUUACUGGAGAUUAUUGGGUUUUAUAUAUUGAUGAUGAUUAUCAAUAUGCUUUGAUUGGUCAACCUAGUAAGAAGUAUCUUUGGAUAUUAUGUAGGAAACCACAUCUUGAUGAAGAAAUAUACAACCAACUUGUUGAGAAGGCAAAAGAAGUUGGAUAUGAUGUGAGCAAACUUCACAAGACACCUCAAGCUGAUCCUCCACCAGAGGGUGAUGAUGUCCCAAAGGACACUAAAGGAAUUUGGUGGCUCAAAUCAAUCUUUGGAAGAUAAAUCCAUAUUAAAUAUAGUUUUUUAGAAAAAAAAAUUACAAUAUAAAUAAUGAAAAGUUGUCUUGUAAAAAAGAGUUUGUUGUUUUAAAUUUCAAAUGUUUUUAAGGUUGUAAUUUUCUUUAAGUGUCUCCUUGUUGUAGAGAUGGUAGUUUAGUAUAUCUAGUAGUGUGGUGUUUUAAGAGAGUUUGUUUGUUAAUUUUGUAUAUGAAUUUAUGAGUAUGAAAUGUUGAAUA